UGUUUAUAUGAGGUCAAGGUUAUUUUAAGAAGAGGACAGAUGAAAAUAAAUAAGGAAAUAAUAAUAAUAGAGGGAAAUUUCAUAAUUUAUUGAAAUUUAAGUCGACAACCAACAUUUAUACUUUUUUAUCUACCGAGUGUAGUAUAAAAUCUUUCUAUAAUUCUGGACUGAGACCAAUUGUGACUCUAUUUUCAUUGUUAUUUCUUAUCAAAUUUCAGAUGAAAAUGUUUGAUUAUCGUUUUGUUGUUGAUAUGAGUGACAAUUUUUAUUAUUAUAAUCAGACUGUAGAAACAACGAGAAGAAAAAGUAGUAACAUUUCUCCUAGUAAUUGUCAACAAUCCUUAAAUCGUCCUUGUGGAUCGCUUAGUAUACAGAACUAAUUAUCUAAUUAAAGUUAAUUGCAUUUAGUGGACAGGUGACAUUUGUCAAUCAACAGUCACCCUUAAUUGAACACAGCUCAUUUGAUUGAGAGAAGAAGAGAUUGAGAUAUUUUUAAGAGGCUAUUGCAUUAGCUAAGAAAGAAGCAGCCCAACAUGAAGCUGCUAGAGAAUUCAAGAUUUGAACAAAUAAAUUCAGCUCUAUCACAAGAGCUUGGAAGCUAUAAAUUGGAGGGCAGAAUUGAGAGCUAUUCAUGUAAGAUGGCUGGAAAUGACAAACGAUUGUUUAAAUUGAUCAGUGCAGAAGGUGGGGUUGGUCCAGAGGAUCUUCAGGCUUUGUCACCACCUCAAACUGUGCUGUCAGUAUCACCUUCAAAGCAAUACAGUAAGAGUACUGGAAGUGACGGUGAGAGUUACUUAUGUGAUACGAUAUCAACAAAGACUUUAUUCUAUCUGAUCUCAACUCUGAAUGCUUCAUUUAAUCCUGAUUACGACUUCAGUAAUGCCAAGAGUGAAGAGUUCAGUAAAGAGCCAAGCCUUGAGUGGGUAGCUCACAACAUUGAUACACAGUUGUAUGCGACUCUUGGUGAAGCUUAUGGAGCCUUGAAACAAAAUCUGUGGACAGCAUUUGAUGAAGAAUGUUCUCUUCAGGACUGUGAAAUUUACAGUUACAAUCCAGAUUUAGCAUCAGAUCCAUAUGGAGAAGCAGGGUGUAUUUGGUCCUUCAAUUAUUUCUUCUACAACAAGAAGUUGAAACGUCUUGUGUUCUUUACCUGUCGUUCAUCAAGUUCCUCCUACACAGACUCUGGGAUAGUACAGGAUAGCAGUAUGUUUGAUAUGACAGACGAUAUGGACUCAUUUCAGGAGUCUGAGGUGAAUAUGGAUUAAGAAUAAACAAACAGAAAAGACACAUAAACCAAGCCUCCUAAUUCAGUUGAUGCAUGAUCGGAGGAGGCCUUCUACCUCUUACAUCAUGAAUUUUCAUCGAUUGUUUAUGUACAUAGAUGUUUCAAUAUUACUAUUUUUACAUCUAGUGCUGUUAUGAUUAUAUAAGUUUUUUUUGUAUUUCAAGUUGUUAAUUCCUUUUUAUUCAGUUAUUUUUAUUUUAUUAUGCUUAAUGUCAGUCUAAGAAGACAGAUACACUAUGUAACAAAAAGGAAAGAAAGGAUAUAAAAUGUUUUUUUUUAAAUACCGUAAAUUCUGAAAUUAUUGUGAUUUUGAAAUGACAAACCAAAGUUUGAGAUAAGUUAUAGCAACUUCAGGAAAAGCUGCAUACAGAUAUUUGUAUCUGAUAUCAAAAUGCAAGUUCUUAAUAUUGAAUUAUUCACAUUAAUAAAAAAACAUCUCAAUAGUUUGAUUAAUUCUUACUUUAAAUGUAUUUAAAGUCCCUGUUAUUUGUGAAAUGAUUAAAGAGUAUAAAUCUGAAACAAUUACAAAGAAAAUGUAAUAGAUAUAGAAUAUCAAGACAAACACUAAUUGAGUAAAACAGGGUUGGUUCAGAGGGAGUUAAUAGUUCUAAAAAUUUCACCCCUUUAAUGGAUUGAAAAAUAGUAAGUUUUGUCUUAAAUAAGUGAGGAAAAUGAAAACCAUUUUUGAUAUGCUAUAUAGUAGGUGAUCUCUAAAUGAAAUUCCUGUAUCACCUCUGUGAGGUGAAUUUUGAUUCCGGUGUUAAUAGUUUGAGGUAUGGAAUUGAUACAUAUACAGUAAACUAUUAAACACAAAAUAGUUGUAAUUUAUUAACCCUUGUUUUAGAUUUACCUAUACAGGUUUUCUCAUAAAAAUCAGCAAUCUAUCAAUUUAAUGAAGCAUACAUUCUAUAAAAUCAUAAUCAUUUAUGAUAAUUAUAAAAGGAAUGUUUUUUGAAAUGUUAUGUAGAAAAUUCUACUUUGUUCCAGAAUGGAAGGCAUGGGGGAAUGGGAGACACUUUUUUAGACCUCAACCACCCAUAAAAUAAAAUUGUUAUUUUAUUAAAAUUCUAAAACAAAUGCAACCACCCACAAUAAAUUAAUUUGAAAGUCUCCCAUCCCCAAAUGCAUUUAAAUCUGGAACAGCCCUAGAGAAGUUUAUGUUACAUUCUUUUGAAUAGAUUCUACUAGAUACUUCAAAAGAAGAUAUUGUUUCUGAGUAAAUCAGUUUUCUUAAUGAUAUGAAAAAUCUUGUUUCCAUUAGUUUGAUGUACAUUACAUAUAAUAUUAAUGCUAUUGCAUCAAAAAUAUCUGUUAUAUUGUCACUACAAUUGUGAUUGUCAACACUGAGGUUGUGAGUUUGAACCCUUGUGGCAGGUACAUUCAACUCUUUAUUAACUUGGACUGCCAGUUGUCCUGCCAAAGGUCUCUGGUUCUCUCUGACACUCUGGCUUCCUCCACCAACAAAAACUGGUCGCCAAGAGUGCUGAAAGUGGUGUAAAACACCACCAAUGGUGUUAUUUCUGAAUGAGGAUUAUGAAGGCUGUGUGUCUUAGAAGAUAGUGUUGCUAUUUAAGCUGAACAUAUGUUUUAGUGCAUCAAGGUAGAUGUUUUUAUUACAUAUGAGGAACAUGAAGGACAUGUGUCUGUUUAGAUGUGAGAAAUGUGUAGGCUAUGGUUCUAUUUCUGUAUGAAGAAUGUGAAGGCCAUUUGCCUUAGAAGAUAUUUUGCCAUUUAGGUUGAACUUAUUCUAAGCACAUGUUUUUAGAAGUAUCUCUAGAUAUAAAAUGUAAAAAUGUUCAGAGCUUUUGAUGAGAUAUAUUCAGGUUAUGUUACUUGAUUAAAUUUAUGUAUCAGUGUUAAAGUUAGAGGGAACAUAACACUGUGAGUUAGUACACAUAUGCAUAAUUGAUGGCAGUAUGAAUUACAUUCAUAAUAGUAAGAGGUCACAUUGAAAUGAAAGUUUAUAGUUUAUUAUGCAGAGAGGUAAAAGUAUAAGGAUUCUGUUUUGUAAAAUGUAGGCUAAUAUUUUAUGAUUUGAUGUAAUAUGUUUUGUUUAUGUACCUGUAAUACCUAUGCUAGAUAUAUAUUGAGUUGCUUUGUUUUGCCUUAUACCCAGAUGGUGUGGCAUGUAAAUUUAUAUCUUUUUUGGCAAAACUUCCUUUUUGACCCCCUUCGUGUAUGUCUGUGCUUAUUCUAUCAACAGAGGGGGUUUCAAAGGAAGUCUUUUCCCUUUUUUUUUAAUAAUCUUAAUGUUGGAAAAUAUUUUAGCAUAGUCUUGCAUUAUUCUUUUAUCUAAUCUUGUAAUGACUUUUUAUGUUUUCAGACAUGCUGUACAAUUUGUUUGAAGUAUCUUGUAUAAUGUAUGACAGUUUUUAAUAUCACAAGUAUUCAAAAUGAGAACAACAAAAAAACUGUCAGAAUUCUGACAGCUUCUUCCUAAGUCUUGAAACUACAAGUGUUUCUUUCAAAUAUCAUAAAAGUGUUUCUAUGAAAAUAGAAAUAAAUGUUUUCGUUUGUAUUAUCUUUGUUUCCAUGUUUAUAAGGAAGUUAUCAAAUUAAGUAUAAAGCCUAAAGAAACAUUAUUUUCCUGGUCUUUACUUUUAUUUUGCAGCCAAGUUAAACAACUUAAAAAGAAAAGUUUUAAGCAAGGUCAGUUGUUUCAAAGGAAUAAGCCACAAUACAAACUUUUGAUUUUCAUCUUUAAUAUAUAUUACACAAAAUUUUACAUCAAAUAACUUUAAAAAAAUGGAAAUACAUACAUUGUAGAUCGGUUAUUACUGGUUAAGCUUUGAAUUAUGCUUAUGAAUUUUCAUUGGACAAAAAAAAUCCAGUUUUUAAAGAUCUCAGUAUUGAUGAUAUUAAGUUUCUAUUCCCAUUUGUAAGAUGUGAUUACCACACUUUCAAGACAUUUAUAAUAACCUUUUGUAAUACCUGUAUACUGGAAUGUCACUUUGGUAUUGAGAGAUUAAAGGCCAUGUUGAUUUUAUAUUGUACCAGACUACAUUUUACAGUGCCAAGCAGAAAUUAAUUAACAAAUUUUCUCUAUUAAACCUACUCGGAUCUUAAUAAGUUAUAGAGAAGUCUGUUCUCUGGAUUGAGCAUGGCCUUAAAAGAACUGUCUAUUAUUGUACAUAAUUGUAUAUGUUUUAUUAUUAUGUUUAAGUCAUGUAUAUGAGAUUUUUAGUUCAGUUAUAUGUAGUUUUAGUUAUCUUCACAAAAAAUCCAUUCAUGUUGUUAAUUUUACAGUUUUCUAGAUGACACUGUUUUAUGUAUAAUAAAUUGUUUUAUUUUGA